GGGUGGAGGGAAAAAAUGAUGUCUCUUGAACACAUGUCGCGUCUUCUCUUCAGGCAAUCAGUUUCUCUGAGAUCAAUGACUGCAGCCUCAAUGCGUCUCAUGCAGUCGAGAACAAUGUGUAAUGCUAAAGAUGAUGUUAAAUCGCAAGAGGCUUCCGAGGAGGCCCCAACGUUGAGCGAAGAACCAGCUGAUCCAACUCAAAGUACAGUAACUAUAAACGGCAAAGUCUGUCGGAGCCCAAAGGAAGCGAACACGAAUCUCAUAACUUUCCUAGAAUGGUCUGACAUGGAAAAACGUAAAAAAAUUAUCGAUAUCCCGUAUUUUGUGGGCGGUAGCUACCUGAGGGUUACAUUUGCUGAUCCAGCCUCCGCGACGGGUCGUAACUCGUUUACUGGUAUCUGUAUAGCAAGGUCUAAUAAAGGACUCGGGUCUGUUUUUACCUUACGCAAUGUAAUGCGGGGAGUGGCAGUCGAGAAAAUGUUUGAAUUAUACUCACCAGGUCUCAUUGAAAUACAAGUACUAAAGUUAGAAAGGAGGAAUAAAGCUAAGCUCUAUUACCUGAGGGAGAAACCGCUCAGAUACAGCAGUGUAAAGGAAAAUAUGACUCCUGUGGACAGUGGAGGGAAAUUACUGAAAUAUAGAAGAGCUCGUGGUGAACCAGCAUAAAUAUAGACUACAUGUGUAUAUAAUAAUAAUAACAGUACUUAAGACUGUACAGUAUUGGUCAUGUUAGUUUGAUGUGAAUUAUUUCUAUCAGGAAUAGGGUCAAAUACA